CCUGAAGGGCGCCGCGCCCCGCGCGCCGUACCUGGAACAGGUGAGGGAGGGACCUGGGGCAGGUGCCGGAUUUACCAGGCACAGGUGCUUCCGCUGUUCCGUGCCCUCGGUGCCACCGGGCUGCUGCUGGAAUAUGAGGACACCUUCCCGUAUACGGGGCCGCUGGAGCCGCUGCGGGCACCGCACGCCUACAGCCCCGCGGAGCUCCGGGCUGUGCUGAGCCGGGCGCGGGCGCAGGGCCUGGACGUGGUGCCGCUGGUGCAGAGCUUCGGGCACAUGGAGUUUGUGCUGAAGCACAGGGAGUUCGCUCAUCUGCGGGAGGUGCCGGCGCUGCCCAACGCCCUGAACCCGCACAAGGAGGAGUCUCUGGCGCUGGUCAAGGCCAUGAUUGACCAGGUCAUGGCCCUGCACGAGGGCCUGGAAUGGUUCCACAUCGGAUGUGAUGAGGUCUACUACCUCGGUGAAGGAGAGGAGUCAAAGCAGUGGCUGCAGCAGCCAGACAACACCCCAGAGAAGCUGUGCUUGGCCCACAUAAAGGCAGUUGCCAGUUGUGUGGCCUCAUCUUACCCCAGGGUGACUCCCAUCGUGUGGGACGACAUGCUCAGGGGGAUGAGUGAGGAAACACUGGCAGACUCCGGGGUCCCACAGCUGGUGCAGCCCAUGAUCUGGGACUAUGCAGCCGACCUGGAUGUGGAGGGCAAAGUGCAGCUCAUAGAGAAGUAUCGGAGAUGUGGCUUCUCCAAGGUGUGGUUUGCAAGUGCCUUUAAAGGAGCCACAGGAGUGAAUCAGUCCCUCACACUUAUUGGGCACCACCUGAAGAACCACCUGGAGUGGCUGGAAGUGGCCAGCAGGACCCCCCCUGAUGUCCUUGAAGGUAUCGCCCUGACCGGCUGGCAGAGGUAUGAUCACUUCUCUGUUUUGUGUGAGCUUCUCCCAGUGGCAAUUCCAUCCCUGGCUGUGUGUCUGCAGGCACUAAAGAAUGGUGGCUACUCUGAAAAGGUUAAAGAAAAUGUGGAAAAGCUCCUGGGAAUGUCUAACCUGGAGAUUGAUACUUACAUGAGCACAAGUCUGGGCACCUUUCCUGGGAGCAACAUCCUCACCCUUGUGACACAAGUGAGCUUCUACCUCAAGUCAUCAGUGGAUGAACUUCUCAAAAGGAACAGGUAUGUCACAGGCUGGUUCAGCCCCUACCACAGGAAAAGGAAGAUUAUUCAUCCUAUAAUAAUGCACCUCUUCCAGCCAGAUGCAGUCAGUCUCCUCUCCAAGUGGAAUGCUGUGGUGCAAGACCUCCAGGCAGCCAUGGAGCAAGUGUUCCACCAGUGUGCUAUAGAGGAGUGGAUGGAGGAGAACGUCCACCCCAGCCUACAGAAGCUGCAGCAAGUGGUGGAUGAUUUAGAUGAAGCAAUAAAAGCACAAAAUUAGGGGCACUUCAAUUAGUCUGUCUCAUUCCAUGGGAAAACAUGGCUAGUGGAAAUCAGCAACUAGUCAUUGAGCUGGAGUUUGUCAUCUGGAGAGCUGAACUGUGAUUAAACAACAGGGACCUGAGGGCAAGAAGGAAUUUACUGGUGUAAUAGA